AUCUUCCUCCUCGAGUCCCUCCUGACCUCUGCCAAUCCAACCCAGCACGGCCUCCGCAUCGCCUGCCCUACAGCCGCCGCCGCGCCAUCGCAGCCUACCGUCCCGGCCGACGCUUUCAACCCCCCCCCCCACCCCCCCCACCCCAAGGCCUCUCACGCGCGUCGCCGUCAUCGCCGCUCCCGAUCUCCGCAUCGCGAGAUCGCGUUCCUGCUGUCUCCACCUCGUCCGCAGUCUCCGGUCAUUGAGCCUUUGAGUUACUGGCAGUUUCAGCUAGACAAUAAUCAUGAGACUUGCUUGUCUUGUAUGCCAUGGCAUGAACAGCCCCUCACACUCUCUUAGAAGCUACUCGGUGUCGAGUUCAGAGGAGGACAACCGAUGUGGAGCUGUUGUUUCCUGCUUAACUCGGAGAGUAACGCCGGCUGGAUCUGCUAGUGUUGGGACAUCAAAGGUGACCCCCUUUCCAUCCAUAGCGGCUGGUCAAGGCACCGAGGGCACUCCUCGCCUUCAACGAAGCCGUGCUGUGUCCAGGGACCUUGUCAGAGACUGGAACUUUGAUGAAGCCGUCGUUGCAAACUAGAUUAGGCGUCAGCUGUUCCCAAUUGGAUUCUGCACUCUUACUUAUUCAGGAGGAGACUCCAUCAAUUUGGUGUACAUUUUUUUGCUAGUAUACUCUAUGUCCAUCAGUACUUUUCAGUUGGGACUCUAUCGGUCUAUGCUCACUUCUCAUGAGCAGUUUGUGGCUUGGUAACAUAUGAAGGCCAACCUGUGUAGAUAGAAUAAAUUUUAGGGUAUUUUUCCUAUUUCUAAAAGUGGAUAUGCUAUCCUGUACUUCCUGUAUAUUAUGAAAUAUCUAAUUUCCUAUAAUUGCUGGGAAAAUGGCCACUGGGAUUUUCAUGCGUUGCAGUUGGCAUUUCUUUGCCACAUGAUAACGCUGCAGUGGUCAAUUGUAUCAGCUA